AGUACGGCGUUGUUGCAACUAAGGGUUCAUGACAUGGACAAUUUUAACCCUCGACUGCUUUUUGUAAACACGAAUAACAAGAUGAAGCUUUGGGGUUUAGCUGAUGAACCCUACCCAAAGUCAAUCAUUUUCUCAUCUUCAAACUUCAUUUACCCAUUUCCAAGCCCAACAAGGCCGAAUCUUUGUUUACUUUAGGUGGACUUGCAUCAGGAAUCAAAUGGAUCUGGUCUUGCUAAUAAUGUAUGAUUCCCGAAGGAUAUUAAGGUCCCACCAAACACACCGUAACUAAUCGAAGGCUCAUGCUUUAUUAGCUAUAAAUACCGCUUGCACUGGUUCCAAAUUCACUGGAUGGUAUAUAUUAUAUUUGGUGAUGUGGAAGCUUCAAACGUUAAGCCAGACAUAGUAACCUGAAAUUGCCUUAUGUCUGGGCAUUUGGCUUGUGGAUUGUACCAAGAAGUUGUAAGCAUUCUGUGGAAAAUGCAAAAUGCAGGUUUUAAGCCAAACUCAGGCUCUAUAACUAGUGCCCUUCAAGCAAUAUCUGAAUUGGAACAAUUCAGUUUUGGGAAGGAAAUCCAUUGCUUUGUCAUUAGAAGCGGCCUAGACUAUGACCCGCAUCUAGGUGCUUCAUUGCUAGACAUAGUAGAGAAUGAUGAUUUAAUAAAUGCCCAAAGAGUCUUUGAUAAUAUGGAGAACCGGAGUUUUUUUACUUGGAAUUGUGUGAUUUCAGGAUAUGUAUAUAGAGGACUUUUUGAUGAAGCACUUAAUCUUUUGGAUCAGAUCAAGGAGGAAGCACUUAAACCUGAUUUAGUGACUUAUAACAUUCUGGUUUCUGGGUAUUCAACUUUAGGCUGUGUUAUGGAAGCCUUGGCCAUGAUUCGCCAAAUGAAAAUUUCUGGUCUGACUCCUAACGUUGUCUCAUGGACUGCUUUAAUAUCAGGUUGUACACAGAAUGGGUAUUACAAGGAUGCACUCAAGUAUUCCAUUGAGACGCAGAAGGUAGGCAUCAAACCAAACUCAGCCACACUAGCAAGCUUACUUUGAGCUUGUGCAGGUUUGUCUAUGUUGCAGAAAGGAAAAGAGGUACACUGCAAUAGUAUCAGAAAUGCUUUUCUUCAGGAUGUAUUUGUGACUACGGCUCUUAUUGACAUGUACAGUAAGCGUGGCAGCUUAAAAAAUGGCUAUGAGGUUUUUCAGAAAAUUGAGAACAAGACAUUAACUUCUUGGAAUGCCAUGAUCGGGGGUUUAGCAACAUACAGCCUUGGAAAGGAUGCAAUUUCACUUUUUCGAGAAAUGCAAGGCAGAGAUGUUAAGCCUGAUGCCAUAACCUUGACAGCUGUCCUCUCUGGCUGCAAGAACUCUGGCUUGAUAAAUGAGGCCUAGGAGUAUUUUGACGGUAUGGAGAUGGAUUAUGGGAUAAUACCUACAAUUGAGCAUUACUCUUGCAUGGUUGAUCUACUUGGAAGGGCUGGGUAUCUUGACGAAGCAUGGGACCUAAUUCACAAAAUGCCAAUGUUGCCAGAUGCUACAGUUUGGGGGGCUUUCCUUUCAUCAUGCCGAAUCCACAAAAACUUGGAGCUUGGAGAGAUUGCAGCACAAAGCUUUUUAACUAUCUGGCUGCUAACUAUGAAUCUAUAUUCAGCCCUAGACAGAUGGAAGGAUGUGGAUCGCAUCGGAGAGUUGAUGGAAGCUAACCGUGUCAAAGUUGGUCAUGUUUGGAGCUGGAUACAACUGAACCAAACGGUUCACAUAUUCUCUGCUCUAGGAAAACCACAUCCAGAUAAAGGGGAGAUCCAUUUUGAGUUAUAUCAGUUGAUUUCUGAGAUGAAGAAUUUGGGGUAUGUGCCUGCUACUGAAUGUGUCUACCAGAACGUUAACACAAGGGAAAAGGAGAAGCUAUUGCUUAGCCACACCGAGAAAUUGGCAAUUACAUUUGGGUCAAUCCAAACAAAAGAUAGCAUACCAACAAGGGUGAUUAAGAGCACAAGAACUUGUUUAGACUGUCACACACUGGUGAAAUAUAUCUCUUUGUUGAGAAGACGAGAUAUCUUUCUCAAAGAUGGUCUUUGUUUUCAUCAUUUCUCGGAUGGUGAAUGUUCAUGCAACGACUUCUGGUGAUCGUGUUUCAGUAAUUUGCUUCUUCCUUUAUGCACCAAGUUAACAGUUCCAGUAAAACUAAGAAUAAGAUCUAAAAGAUAUUUCAUCUUGGCUGAGACAAAGCUAAUCUGCACAGCAGGCAGUAAAAUGAGAUGAAGGAACAGUAGGAUGCUGAACAUAGAUAUUCCUGGGGAGCAAUGAACCAAGCCAAAUCCAUGAAGUAAACAAAACCAAGAAAAUACAUGACAGUUAACUCUUGAUUCUCCUCUUUUAUCUACUUGAAUAGCAUACUGGAAUACAUAAAAUGCAGCAUUACUGGUUGUUGGGCUGCAUUGUUUGCACAAAUAGGUAUCAGGUUCGACACUUGGCCUUUAUAUCAGAAUUUAUGUGUUAAUUUCAUAUUGUUGGUGAAGUCUUUUAAGCAUCUAUGGCAGCAAGAAACUGGCAACCUUGAAGGAUUAAGAUGGAAAACGACACGGACACCACUCCACCACUAGCCGAGCUGAAACUCUCCUAUACUGAGAUAAUUGCAGUUGGUGCGACUUCUGCAACUUGAUUAUCUUGAAAAAAGAGAGCUUCCCGCAUGGAAAACCCACGAAAUUACAAACAUACGUCCAUGGCCAUAAUAUCUUCUUGAGAUAGAAGUAGUUUUGUCAAACAGUUCCAUACUAUUGAUGGUCUGUAUUGUA